UUCCGACCAGGCAGGAAAAAGAACAAAGGAACUGGGUUGGGGGGGUGGAGGGGAUGGCCAGGAGGGUGGCAGAAGUAGAGGGGACAUUUCACCAUGGAAUAUGAAGUCAAGAAAGGGAAGAAGGGCUUUGUAUCCCCCAUCCGAAGGCUGGUGUUCCCCAAGGCCGGGCGCCGUGCAGCCUGUAGGAGCAGCGUGAGCCGCCGGCCCCUGCACUCGAUGCCCCUUUAUCCCCCUGACUACCUCAUCGACCCCCAGAUUCUGCUGUGUGACUACCUGGAGAAAGAGGUCAAGUUCCUGGGCCACCUUACCUGGGUGACUUCCUCACUGAACCCCUCCAGUCGGGACGAGCUCCUGCAGCUGCUAGACACCGCUAGGCAGCUGAAGGAGCUGCCGCUGAAGACCACGGCGGAGCAGGACAGCAUCCUGAGCCUGUCUGCCCGCUGCCUGCUGCUCACCUGGCGCGACAACGAAGAGCUCAUCCUGCGAAUCCCUACGCACGAGAUCGCCGCCGCCUCCUACCUGCAGGACGACGCGCUGCACCUGCUAGUGCUCAAGACCGGUCUGGGCGUGGACCCGGUGCCGGCCGGCGUGGACGCCAGCCCAGGCGGCGCAGGACGCGACCCUGGCCCACCGGGCGCGGCGCCCGAGAAGCGGCGGGUGGGCACCGCGGAGCGGCGCCACACCAUCUGCAGCCUGGACUGGCGGAUGGGGUGGGGUGGGGGCACUGCGGAGGCCCGGGCCGGGGGAAGCGGUGGCGGCAGCCUGGAGCGCCAGCGCGUCGGGGCGCGGGCGUCGGGCAGCUGGGAGCGGCGGCAGACGUUCAGCGGCAGCUGGGAGCGGCGGCACGGAAGCGCAGGCGGCGGCGGUGCAGGCAAGCCGGGCGGCAGCUGGGAGCGGAGGCAGGCGGGCAGUGGCGGUGGCAGCUGGGAGAGGCGCCACCCCGGUCCCAACCCGCUUGACCCGCAGGACCCCAGCCCCGACGCCUACUGCAACCUGGUCAUCCUGGCUGUAGCCAACAGGGAUGCUGCAGAGGAGUCCUGCGCACUCAUCUGUCAGGUCUUCCAGAUCAUCUAUGGGGACCAGAGUAUUGAGUGUGUGGACCGGGCUGGCUACCACUACACAUCCACGCCCGAACGGCCGUGGCUCUGCAGCCGCAGUGAGAGCUGCCGCACAGAUGGGACGUAUGCCUAUGAUGCCGACUUCAGCUGCUGCAGCUCCUUCAAUGGCUCCCAGGACACCUUUGAAGCAUGUUACAGCGGCACGUCCACACCUUCUUUUCACGGCUCCCACUGCAGCGGCAGCGACCACAGCGGUCUGGGCUUGGAGCAGUUACAGGAUUACAUGGUCACGUUGCGGAGUAAGCUGGGGCCCCUCGAGAUCCAGCAAUUUGCGCUGCUGCUGCGGGAGUACCGGCUGGGGCUGCCCAUCCAGGACUAUUGCACAGGCCUGCUGAAGCUCUAUGGAGACCGGCGCAAGUUCCUCCUCCUCGGGAUGCGGCCCUUCAUCCCGGACCAGGACAUCGGCUACUUCGAGGGCUUCCUGGAGGGCGUGGGCAUCCGCGAGGGCGGCAUCCUCACUGACAGCUUUGGCCGCAUCAAGCGCAGCAUGAGCUCCACGUCGGCCUCUGCAGUGCGCAGCUACGAUGGCGCGGCGCAGCGGCCCGAGGUACAGGCCUUCCACCGGCUGCUGGCUGACAUCACGCACGACAUCGAGGCGCUGGCCCCCGAUGACGACGAUAACGACGACGAUGAGGAGGAUGAGCCCCGGGGCUCCAGGGGCGGGAGCGACGCUGCCGAAGACAACUACCUGUAGCCACCGCCCCUGCGGACGGUGUGGCCCCGCAGCCCACCUCCGAGUCUCAGCUUUGCCUGGGCGACCCUAUCCCCGGGGGAGACCCUGUCCCCAGAGCCCGCUCAUCACACCUGGCGGGGGCGGGGGCGUCUUCACUCCAGGGUCUCGCUCCCUGCCUUUGGGGCCCGGGACCCUGCAGUACCGAGAGUGUCCUGCAGCAGGCGAGCGAAGCCGGGCCCUAAAGACCGGGGCAGUCACCCGGGGCUCCCGUGCCGCUCUGCCAGGCUGGGGCUGGGCAGCGAUCCUGCUUUGUCCCAGAAGCCCAGAGGGCGCGGCCCCAGAACACCUCCUCCCUGGGACGCCGCAGCUUUCUGGAGGCUGAAGAAGGCAUGAAGAGUGGGCUCCACCUGCUGGCAGACUGAGAAAAGAAUUUCCAGAAUUGGGUCCUAUUUUACAGAUUGGAAAACAAUGGUUCAAAAAGAGGGGAAAGGGCUUGAGGGAAUCUCCUGAUUCUCCUUAUAUGACCUCAAACUGACCAUACUAAAUAGUGUAGAAGGUCUUCUUAAGGCUCUAAAUGUCAGGGUCUCCCAUCCCCUGAUGCCUGACUUGUACAGUCAGUGUGGAGUAGACGGUUUCCUCCACCAGGGUUGACUCGGGGGCAAUCUGGGUCCCAUUCUGGCCUCAAGACCCCAAACAAGGUGUUCGUUCAACUCUUGGAUUUGGAGCCAGGCCGACCUGGAGCCUCUAACUGGUUAGUGUCAUAACCUCUGUGUGCUCCCAUUUCCCCAUCCGUCCAGUGAGCUCAGCCCCCAUCCAUCUAACAGGGUGGCCAUAGGGAUUACUGAGGGUUAAGACUUUAGAGCUGAGUCUAGCACACGAUAAGUGCUUAAGAAAUAUUCCUUUCCACAUCAAACAUUUUCUGACUCAGUUUACCUUUCUUGCCUGGUAAUAAGCAAAAGAUGCCUGGGUGCAUCUUCCUGCAACUGAGGUAGGGGUGAGCUAUUCAGAAGACCCUCAGGGGAGCUCACUGUUUGGGAGGAAGAAACAAUACUUGUCCCCUUGCAGCCUUGUUACAGCCUAGCUCUGUGCUCAAGUCCCAAACCAGAAAUAGCCAAGACUCCAUAGGCAGCCAUCUGGGAGUCUGGGGUAGCCAAAGAAAUAUGAAGGCAAAGUUGGAGAGGUAGAGAAGUCAGGAUGAGGACAGCAUUCAGCACAGCCUGAGUAAAGGCUGGAAAGCUAAAAGGAACGAGGCCUGAGAGGAGACCAGAGACCCACACAGGAGAGCCAAAAUAUAUAUGUAAAACCUUGCAAAGGCUUCCAUGGCCAGACACAUUGUACACACCAUAAAAUAGGUACUGUUAGCAAUUUUAAAAAAAUAUUAUUAGGACUCCAGGUCCAAAGAGUUCCAUAAUUCAUACUUGGUUUGUGGUAAAUGAUCAUCCCAUUAUCACUGGUCCAUGUAGGGUCCUUCUGAUGUUUUCCCCUCUCCCAAUCCACAUGUUCCCCACACUCCUUUUCCCUCUUUACCAUGAGCAUCUAACCCUAUGUGCUGAUAUAUGUCCCUGUACCUAAACUACACAGUGCUUUGUGUGUGUGUUUGCAUGAAUGGUAUAUAUAAGAAUUUCAUUCUAUUGCUGCUUUUAUUCUGUAAUUUUUUUAAUUUAAAAAAAUAAAAUUUUUAGAGACAGGUU